UUAAAUCAUCCAAAUGUUCUAGCAUUUGUGUACAUUAAACAUUAUAAACCUCGUAGCUUUGCCUGCAUUUUGAUUUUAUUCUAGUUUGGGGCCUAUAAAACAAGUGAUGCCAGGCUGGCUUAUAUCGGGUUAGAGGAUACGUGAUUGCACAUUGCAGAAGAUGGCGGGUGUUUUAUUCGAAGAUAUUUUUGAUGUGAAAGACAUUGAUCCAGAUGGAAAGAAAUUCGAUCGUGUAUCAAGGUUGUUUUGUGAAAGUGAAUCCUUCAAGAUGGACUUAAUUCUGGAUGUUAAUAGCCAGGUGUAUCCUGUAGAUUUAGGUGAUAAGUUCCGAAUGGUGGUUGCCACGACAUUGCGGGAGGAUGGUUACCCUGACGACACAGAGUACACGGGCCCCGACAAGGAGCCGUCGAGGGCAGACAGUUUCGAGUAUGUCAUGUAUGGAAAGAUAUACAGAAUAGAAGGGGAUGAAACAGGGCCAGAUUCUCAACGACUAGCUGCCUAUGCUUCCUUCGGAGGACUUCUAAUGCGGUUGCAGGGAGAUGCCAAUAACUUGCAUGGAUUUGAAGUAGACAGCUUUGUUUAUUUAUUAAUGAAGAAGCUGGCAUUUUAAUGUGAACGCCAUAAUAACAUUGAUGUAGGGUGCAGCCUGAUAGGAGUGGGAGGGGGUUGGGGACGGACAUAAAGGAUAAAGUAAACGGAGGAAUCUGAUGAGGUUGUUGUUGGUUUUGUUAACGAUGUCUGUUCUGUCCAUAAUACAUUUAAGCGAUCAUUAAGAAUAUCUUUGUAGGGCCAGAAGUUUUUAUUAGGAAUUAAGUGGCUUAUUUUUUUCGUCUCCAUGUUAAGUUCUCUUUCACUAGUUAGAAAAGAAAGAAAAGGAAUUCCCUACUCUCCAACUAACCGUAUAUUUUCUGAUAGUUGAGUUAUAUCCAACUGAGAUUUCUGUAAGCAUGACCUUACAUGUGUUCAUGCAUUUAAUUAUAAAUAUUGCUGUCCUAUAAAGAGUUCAUACAUGUAUAUACCCUAACUCUUCAACCUUUUUGCAACUUGCAAUGUGAUUUAUGCACUUUUUUAAUGUGAUGUUAAAGACAAAACUACAUUGAUUGGGUUGGCGAGCUUCAGGGAUUCAUAAAAAGUAUGACAUUAUUAGUCUUGAAUAAACACCUUGCACAUAUGCGUUAAGGUUGAAGAAUUACAGUAUAUAGAAUUCCAAGUACAGAACAUCAGCAGCGUGUAACUUCGCAUCCCCAUGUGUACACAUGGUGUGGUCAUAUGAUACAUGUACAUGUAGCUGUAGAGUGGAAGUGUACAUAUAAUGUAGCCGUCACCUGUGAAAUAGGAUGUGCUGACAUUUGAUCAGGAUUCUGCCAUAUAGGGUGUGAAGUGUGUAUCUGUCCACAACAUAUUAAGGUAAAUAUUUUUCAGCAAGGUAACUACAUAGUAAAUGGAGACUUAUAUAUGUAUCAGUAUGUGAGGCAAAUAAUAUGUUAGUUUGAAGUUGUCAGGUAAUCCGUACUAUAAAGCUGUCAGGUAUUCCGUACUAUAAAGUUGUCAGGUAAGUUGUAUACUAGUACAGUGUAAGUUAAUUGCCCAGUAACUGCAUAUUUAUCAUGUACUCCAGGUGUGGUGUAGCACCCUGAUGUCUAAAUGCAUAGAGAACUGCACCGGAGAGGCAUAUAAAUCAUGGAUUUUAUGACUACGCAUGUCUAGUGAGUAAUAUAGCUAUGUGUAAUUCAUUCUUCAAAUAAAAUAAUACAUACACUA